CCAAAAAUUACAAGACUAGCCAUUAAAUAAGUAUAUUUUGCAAACAAUUUUAAGAAAAACAUUUAAUAAGCGGUAAUCAAUUAAGAAACUAAGCAAUGAAUCAGGAAGACUACCAAGAUGCUGAAGUUGUACAAAAUGUACAUCAGUUUGAUUUAAAGGGAAGAGAGCGUGGAGGAGAUGAGACCAGUGAUCAACCUGCUGUAGAGGAUAACUAUGAUGAUGAACCCGACGAGACACUGGGUGAGCGCAUAAUGGGCCUGGCCGAGAUGUUUCCACAACCAUUGCGAAACUUCACUGGCAGUCUUUUUGAUCUGACCACAAGCAGCAUCAAGGGUUUCUACAAGUUCUCGUGUAAUGCCUCGUGGAUUUUCUUUACCAGUUCGGUAAUACUAUUUGCUCCAGUCAUCUUUGAGACAGAACGUGCCCAAAUGGAGGAAAUGCAAAAAACACAACAGAAACAGGUACUCUUGGGACCAGGAUCGGCGAUGUCAGCCGUUGGAGCACCGCCAGAAUUGCCAUUAAUACGAUAAAAACCUUAAGAAAAAAAACUUAAAUAUAAAUUUAAGAGACCUUUUGAAAUGUAAUAGCAAACAAAAACAAAUAGAAUAUUAAUAACAAACAACACAAAAAAAAUCACAACCAAAACCAAAAUUCUGAACAAAAAGAAAUCUUUAAAUAUAAGUGUGUGUGAAAUCAAACAAAAGUAAAAGUAUUUAAAAUGACACAACAUUGGUGGGCCAGAGAUGACGAUAAUGACACCAGGUAUUGUGUCAUUUCAAUUUCGCUGGGCUCACAAACAAAUUGGCUUAAAAAUGACAGCAUUUGUAUUAAAUAAACAAGUCGAGAUAAUACUACGAUACAAUAAAACAAAAGAAAACAAAAUCGUUUUAAUAAGGAGUCAAAUAGUCCUUAAAUAAUACGCCAAUAAUUAGAUUGUUAAAUAUUAAUAAAAAAAAACGCAAAAACCAACAUACAAAUCAAGUCAAUACAUGAAGUAGUAAGUAAUCUUAAAAAUUUAGAAACACAACAACACAACACUGCUUACACUUGGUGUAAAGAAAAAAACUUUUUUUCGAAAUACUUUUAGAGAUUUUUAGUAGUGAUUCAAUAUUCAUAUUACGCAUGCAUUACCCAAAGAACUUGUUUUGGGAAACCCUAUGCGUUUUUCGAAAAUUGAUUGAAAUGCAUACCGAAAUAUACGAUUCGUUUCAAAUUGUUGUUACAAUCGGAAACAACACUGUUCACUGUUGCAAUUUAAACGAAAAAAAUAAACAACGUUUUUAUAUCAAUUGUCUUCAAAUGAAUGCUUAAUAAAAAUAAUAUUAAUAAAAAAUAAAGAAAAUAUUGGUGAUUCUCCUA